UCAUUUGCGUGGAAACGAGCAGAUAAGCCUGCUACUUCUCUCUUCUUUGUUUUCUACCUACUCAAUCUCCAUUCAAACUAGUUUUCAUCAUAACUUGCUAGCUCCCUCCUCAUUCUCCAAUGGCUUAUGCUUUGUACUUGGCACCUUCAAGUUCCUCGAAAAUCACCCCACGACCAGGCAACCAUAACGCUACUCAAAAGCUGGUUCGAAUAGAUAAGCUGCUCCAAAAUUCUCCUGCCGCUAGAUUUACCAAUCUCAAAGCUAAGGCUGAGAAAAGCAAUGAAAGCGUAAAACCGAACAGCAUGAUUUGCCCUGAUUGUGAUGCAAAUGGUGCAGUUCUGUGCUCGCAAUGCAAAGGUAGUGGAGUGAACUCUGUUGAUCUCUUCGGUGGACGGUUUAAAGCCGGUGACUCGUGCUGGCUCUGCGGUGGUAGGAAGGAGAUGUUGUGCGGAAAUUGCAACGGAGCUGGGUUUCUCGGAGGUUUCAUGAGCACUUCCGAUAGUACGCCCGAAUGAUGUAAAAUGCCAUUAGCUGCACAACCUUCCUAGCAUUGGACUUGUAUACUUGUGUACGUUGGCUAAGUAUAGUGAUAUAGUCUUGUGACUUACUGUAUAUGGAUGGAAAUUUAUGGGAUUUCAUAUUAUAAUGUGGUUAAUUUGCUGGUUCA